ACUCUGCUGAGGGACCGACUCAGUGUCAGAUGUACACCCGGUUGUCUUGCUCAAAAGUGUUCUGUCCUCCAUGGAGGCGCUGUAUCUCGGGACAGUGUGUCUGUAAGAUGCCGUACAAGUGUCCACGUCAGGAUAAGCAGGCGUGUACGCUGGACGGAUCCCACUAUUACUCCAUGUGUCAGGCCAAAGCCAUCUCCUGCAGAUCCAGCGAGCCCGUGUUCUCUCACUUCAGCUCAGCCUGCGGAGCGGAGGAGAAGGUGGAGGUACAUCUUAGGAAAUCUAAAAAGCAUAAUGUGGUCAUGAUAAAAACGGCGAAGGGAACGAUGCCUGUAUGUGGCAACGGCUGGAAUAUGGCGUCAGCUAAUGUCGUUUGCCGAAACCCUCAGAAAGAGCCCAGAGGAGCGGAGACGGCGACUACAAUCAAGCAUUCGCAAAUUGACAAAGCGUCUGAUUGGCCAGAGGAGUGCAUGAGUGUUCGCUGCACGGGAUCUGAGCUCUCAUUGGCUGAGUGCACCAUCUAUAAUCCCCAGCCAAUCACAGAAAGCACUGAUGUGGCCGUCGUAAAGUGUUACAAUCCCAAAGGCGAGUGCAAGAAGUUCCUCUGUACGAACGGGAAGUGUAUAAACCAAGGAAAAGCCUGUAAUGGCAUUGAUGACUGUGGAGACUACAGUGACGAGAUGUGCUGCCAGAGAUGCAACGGAGCGUUCCACUGUAAGUCGGACGUCUGUAUCCCUCUCGAUGCUGUCCGAGACGGAGUCAGGGACUGUCUGGGAGGAGAAGAUGAACUGGAUGAAAACCCCAAACCAGUGGAAAUUAAACCAUCAGAUUUGUUUUCCGAUCCAAUGUCGGAGAUCAGAGCGAUCCGCUCGUCCACCGAGAGCCAGCUGCAGUGUGGCGUUCCCAACAUGGAGUACGAGUUCAAACAAAACGCGACUCUACGUCAACGCACAAAACGCUUAGUCGGAGGGGAAGAGGCGUUACCGACCCAGAUACAGUGGCAGGUGGCCAUUCAGGACGAAGGCUCGAUCCACUGUGGAGGGGCGUAUCUGGGCGGCUGCUGGGUUUUGACCGCCGCCCACUGCGUCAGGCCCAAACCAAAGUCCUACCGAAUCAAGUUCUCUCUCUGGAAGAAGCAUCAAAUGCUGUCGACGACAGACAGCAUCCCGGUGAAGAACAUCAUCAUCCAUCAUGAAUAUAACGCACAAACCUACGCCAACGACAUCGCUCUGGUGCAGCUGGAGCCGCUGAAUCUUUCGGACAAGUGUAUGAAGGAUAACCCGGCGGUGCGAGCCGUGUGUGUGCCCUGGUCCACACAACAGUUCCAGCCCAACGACACCUGCACCAUCUCCGGCUGGGGCCGCGACAGAGCGGGAAUGUCAGCAGGGAUUCUAAAAUGGGCAAAUGUGACGAUUAUCAGUGACUGCAAGAAUUAUUACAAGGACCGUUUCCUCCCUGGAAUGGAGUGUGCAGGUGACCUGGAGGGGAAGGUGGACUCGUGUCAGGGCGACUCUGGAGGGCCGCUGGUGUGCAAAGACGCUUCUGGCGUGUCGUACGUGUGGGGAAUAGUGAGCUGGGGUGAAAAAUGUGGCGAACCCAAUAAUCCUGGGGUCUACACAAAAGUGGCUCAUUAUUUCGACUGGAUCCGCUUCCACACAGGCUGGGCUGCUGUGACCAAAUAUAACCAGUAAAAUUAACUGGUUAACAUUUGCCGAUUGAUGUUACUGUAUGUGCUUUUGAACUUUUCUUUGUUGUUGCUAUUAAAAUGCUUAUUAUACAUUUAUCAGGCAAUUUAAAAGCUCAGUCCUGUUUCUCCUUUUGUUUCCAUGUAUUUCGUAGUUUGUGGUGUUUCUGAGAAAUUAAAUGUUUAUGGUGUAUUUCGGAUGUGAAUCAUUCCACAUAUAAAUGAUUAUAUUUGCAAAUAACUGGA